AUGGGAAAACAUUUGAUUCGGAUCGGUUAUGUUCCAGAAUAUUUUUCUGCACCUAUACUUUUUGCUCAUAAUAAUGGAAUUUUUGCUAACUAUGGAAUCGAUGCUAAAUUCGUUGUAUGUUCAGGAGGUAGUGGCCAAGUUAUGCGGAAGCUUCAAAGUGGUGCACUUGAUAUUUCUAUAGGAUUGACUGAAGCACUUGUCGUUGGAUGUUCAAGUAGUAAGGGUUCAUGCAAAAUUGUAGGGACAUAUGUUAAAUCUCAUCUUUGUUGGUCGAUUAAUACAGGCAAACAAUCUUCUUAUCACACUGAAGAAGACUUGGAUGGAAGUGUUGUUGGUAUUUCUAAUAUAGGAAGUGGUUCUCAUAUUAUGUCAUAUAUUUUUGCGAAACAAGAGACAUCAAAAAUAGUUAAACCAUUUGUAUUUAAGGUGCUUAAUACGUUUCAAAAACUUAUUGAAGCUGCAAAUUCAGAUGAGAUUGCAGCAUUUAUAUGGGAGCAUUUUUCUUGUAAGAAAUAUUAUAAUAGCGGCGAAAUAAGGAAGAUUGGUGAACUAUCUACACAUUGGCCAUCUUACAUGAUUGCAGCGAAUGCACAUAUUUUUGAAAAACCUGUACUUGUCGAUUUUUUAAAUGCCAUUAAUGAUGGAAUUGCAUAUUUUUAUCAAAAUAAUGAUAAAGCAAUUAAAUACAUUGUUAAAAAUUUUCAUUAUUUAAAAGAGGAUGUUGUAGAAUGGCUUAAAACAGUAGAGUUUUCACAAAAUGUCCAUGAUGUACCAUUAGAUGUUAUCCAUCAAGUUGCUUCUGUCCUACAAAAAGCGGAUCUGAUUUCUUUCAAUAUAACUGAUGUUUCUUCUAUAUGUAUUUAA